AUGUCAUAUGAAUCUGUAAUUUUACCCAGACUAUCACUCAUUAUUCACUAUAAGUGUUUUUUCUUAGACAAUACUACUACCACUACUACUACUACUACUACUACUACUACUACUACUACUACUACUACUACUACUACUACUACUACUACUACUACCACUACUACUACUACUACUACUACUACUACUACUAAUAAUAAUAAUAAUAAUAAUAAUAAUAAUAAUAAAGUUAAUUAA